AUGGCAAGUGAGACCCAAUCAUCACUAUGAGAGAAUUAUGAGUUGCAUUCGUAUAGUACAGUUCAAAUCAAUGACCAUUUGUAAACAGUACAAGCUGCUAGUAUUAAAACAAUUUGCAAUGUGGUUUUAUAGUGAUUUGUCAUGAUUGUGAACCACAGAUGGCAAUUAAGACAUAUCCAGAGCCACAGGUUGCCUGCCUGUCAGAGCUGUUUUUCCCCCAUUUAGUUCUCUUUCUUGUAAAUAGGCACUCAUCUACUCUGCCUCAUUUGCAGUCUUACCAUUGACAGGUUAGGUUGAGUGCAGCUACUUUCUCUCUCUCUUUGCACUUUAUGAUUAGGUAUAAUUUACCAGACAUCUGUUCACAGUAGAGUGCCUCUUAUGCCAGAAACCCUCUUGUAUUUUAGUGUGCCAGCCCAUGCUUGCCAGUGGACAGGCACACUAAGAUACAGACCUCUCCUUUCACUAUGGCUAAUGGGAAGGGCAGAGUAUAAUGUAAACACUCAAUGGUAGAUGGAGCGGCAGGUAGCCCAGUUUUGAUCCCAGCUCAGAUGGGAAAAUCUGGUGUGGAGUGAGCCAGCAUCAUCCUAGAUACAUCGCCUGCCGUUGUGCCCUUUAGCAAUGCACUUAAACCCCUAUUAUUGCUCCAGGGGCUCUGCGCGGUGGCUGACCCAUUGCUUCCAGCCCCUCAGGGGUAUGUGUGCGUCUCGGUUGGGUUGAGUUGUGAGCAUUAAGACACAUUUCCAUUCUCUGUAAGUUAAGGGCCAAUAAAGUAUAUCUUAUCAGGAACUGACCUCACAAUUAAGGUGUGUUGCGGUCAUCAUUUAGUUUUUUCUUCUUCAAAAUUAGUGGCAAUUGUUUCAAUUACAAUUUUUAUUAAAUGUUUGGUCCGUGUCAGGCAGCCAGACCCAUUUGAUGCCUACUCCUGGAGCAAAAGCAUGCUCGUGUUAAAAAUGCUUUGUCAGGAAUAGGCUCAAUCUUGGAAACGGGCCCAAAGACUUAUGACAGUGUGUGUGUGUGUGUAUAUAUACACUACCAGUCAAAAGUUUGGACACACCUACCAAUUCCAGGGUUUUUCUUAAUUUUUUUACUAUUUUCAACAUUGUAGAAUAAUAGUGAAGACAAACUAUGAAAUGACACAUAUGGAAUCAUGUAGUAAAGUGUUAAACAAAUCAAAAUAUAUUUUACAUUUUAGAUUCUUCAAAUAGCCAACCUUUGUCUUGAUGACAGCUUUGCACACUCUUGGCCUCUCAACCAGCUUCAUGAGGAAUGCUUUUCCAACAGUCUUGAAGGAGUUCCCACAUACAUGCUGAGCACUUGUUGGCUGCUUUCCCUUCACUCAGCGGUCCACCUCAUCCCAAAUCAUCUCAAUUGGGUUGAGGUCGGGUGAUUGUGGAGGCCAGGUCAUCUGAUGCAGCACUCCGUCACUCUCCUUGGUCAAAUAGCCAUUAAACAGCCUGGAGGUGUGUUUUGGGUCAUUGUCCUGUUGAAAAACAAAUGAUAGUCCCACUAAGCGCAUACCAGAUGUGAUGGCGUAUCGCUGCAGAAUGCUGUGGUAGCCAUGCUGGUUAAGUGUUCCUUGAAUUCUAAAUAAAUCACUGACAGUGUCACCAGCAAAGCACCCCACACCAUCACACCUCCUCCAUGCUUCACGGUGGGAACCACACAUGUGGAGAUCAUCCGUUCACCUACUCUGCAUCUCACAAAGACACGGCGGUUGAACCCAAAAAUCUCAAAUUUGGACUAAUCAGACCAAAGGACAGAUUUCCACUGGUCUAAUGUCCAUUGCUCGUGUUUCUUGGCCCAAGCAAGUCUCUUCUUCUUAUUGGUGUCCUUUAGUAGUGGUUUCUUUGCAGCAAUUCGACCAUGAAGGCCUGAUUCACGCAGUCUCCUCUGAACAGUUGAUGUUGAGAUGUGUCUGAUACUUGAACUCUGUGAAGCAUUUAUUUGAGCUGCAAUCUCAGGUGCAGUUAACUGUAAUGAACUUAUCCUCUGCAGCAGAGGUAACUCUGAGGAAGACCCAUGAGAGCCAGUUUCAUCAUAGCGCUUGAUGGUUUUUGCGACUGCACUCGAAAAAACUUUGAAAGUUCUUAAUGUCCCAGAUUGACUGACCUUCAUGUCUUAAAGUAAUGAUGGACUGUCGUUUCUCUUUGCUCUUGCCAUAAUAUGGACUUUUACCAAAUAGGGGUGGUAUACAGAAGAUACCCCUAUCUUGUCACAGCACAACUGAUUGGCUCAAACGCAUUAAAUUCCACAAAUUAACUUUUAACAAGGCACACCUGUUAAUUGAAAUGCAUUCCAGGUGACGACCUCAUGAAGCUGGUUGAGAGAAUGCCAAGAGUGUGAAAAGCUGUCAUCAAAGCAAAAGGAUACUUUGAAGAAUCUCAAAUAUAAAAUAUAGUUUGAUUUGUUUAACACUUUUUUGGUUACUACAUGAUUCCAUAUGUGUUAUUUCAUAGUUUUGAUUUCUUCACUAAUAUUCAACAAUAAGAAAAUACUACAAACAAAGAAAAACCCUUGAAUGAGUAGGUGUGUCCAAACUUUUGACUGGUUGUGUGUGUAUGUGUAUAUAUAUAUAUAUGGGGAAAAAAGUAUUUAGUCAGCCACCAAUUGUGCAAGUCCUCCCACUUAAAAAGAUGAGAGAGUCCUGUAAUUUUCAUCAUAGGUACACGUCAACUAUGACAGACAAAUUGAGGAAAAAAAUCCAGAAAAUCACAGUAGGAUUUUUAAUGAAUUGAUUUGCAAAUUAUGGUGGAAAAUAAGUAUUUGGUCACCUACAAACAAGCAAGAUUUCUGGCUCUCACAGCCUCCACUCGUUACCUGUAUUAAUGGCACCUGUUUUGAACUUGUUAUCAGUAUAAAAGACACCUGUCCACAACCUCAAACAGGCACACUCCAAAUUCCACUAUGGCCAAGACCAAAGAGCUGUCAAAGGACACCAGAAACAAAAUUGUAGACCUGCACCAGGCUGGGAAGACUGAAUCUGCAAUAGGUAAGCAUCUUGGUUUGAAGAAAUCAACUGUGGGAGCAAUUAUUAGGAAAUGGAAGACAUACAAGACCACUGAUAAUCUCCCUCGAUCUGGGGCUCCACGCAAGAUCUCACCCCGUGGGGUCAAAAUGAUCACAAGAACGGUGAGCAAAAAUCCCAGAACCACACGUGGAGACCUAGUGAAUGACCUGCAGAGAGCUGGGACCAAAGUAACAAAGCCUACCAUCAGUAACACACUACGCCGCCAGGGACUCAAAUCCUGCAGUGCCAGACGUGUCCCCCUGCUUAAGCCAGUACAUGUCCAGGCCCGUCUGAAGUUUGCUAGAGUGCAUUUGGAUGAUCCAGAAGAGGAUUGGGAGAAUGUCAUAUGGUCAGAUGAAACCAAAAUAGAACUUUUUGGUAAAAACUCAACUCGUCGUGUUUGGAGGACAAAGAAUGCUGAGUUGCAUCCAAAGAACACCAUACCUACUGUGAAGCAUGGGGGUGGAAACAUCAUGCUUUGGGGCUGUAUUUCUGCAAAGGGACCAGGACGACUGAUCCGUGUAAAGGAAAGAAUGAAUGGGGCCAUGUAUCAUGAGAUUUUGAGUGAAAACCUCCUUCCAUCAGCAAGGGCAUUGAAGAUGAAACGUGGUUGGGUCUUUCAGCAUGACAAUGAUCCCAAACACACCGCCCGGGCAACGAAGGAGUGGCCUAGCCAGUCUCCAGAUCUCAACCCCAUAGAAAAUCUUUGGAGGGAGUUGAAAGUCCGUGUUGCCCAGCGACAGCCCCAAAACAUCACUGCUCUAGAGGAGAUCUGCAUGGAGGAAUGGGCCAAAAUACCAGCAACAGUGUGUGAAAACCUUGUGAAGACUUACAGAAAACGUUUGACCUGUGUCAUUGCCAACAAAGGGUAUAUAACAAAGUAUUGAGAAACUUUUGUUAUUGACCAAAUACUUAUUUUCCACCAUAAUUUGCAAAAAAAUUCAUUAAAAAUCCUACAAUGUGAUUUUCUGGAUUUAUUUUUUCUUCUCAUUUUGUCUGUCAUAGUUGACGUGUACCUAUGAUGAAAAUUACAGGCCUCUCAUCUUUUUAAGUGGGAGAACUUGCACAAUUAGUGGCUGACUAAAUACUUUUUUCCCCCACUGUGUAUAUGUGUAUGUAUAUAUAUAUAUAUAUAUAACAACAACAACUGAGUGAUGGCGGAAGUCACCUAGGAAUAUUGUAAAGGCAUAUGGACAAGUGAAGUCAUUACCACACUGUUUACAACAGAACAUCUAUUUGGAAUGGAUUAGUAUAUUUAUCAGCAGUGUUGUGGGGCGUUCUGAUAGUCAGAGAAAUCAAGCUUUGCUCAGACAUGUAGCAGGGACCUGAGAUAAGGACCUGAGCGAUUUCCAACAGCUCCAUAUCAACCAGGCAAACAUUUCCUAUGCUCCUAUAAAAGUUGGACAUAGUCCCAUCCAGUGGCGGUCGGUGUCGUUUUUAAGAUGAGGGAGGACGAUUAUUUUCAUGAGCAUGGCCUUAUUUCUAUUACAGCAUAUUGGAUGACUGUCAUUCAUAUUCCAUUCACCCAGUUCAAUGUAACAUCGAUAGGUUUAGGGUACUACAUGAUACUCACAUUUUCCCUAUACCCAUCAUGAGGUUGCUACAACCUAGCCUAUGAAUGAAAGUUUACAACGUAGGUGCACACAGGUCGAGAAUUUUUUUGGUGACACAUUCUAUACCGCCUUGCACACUCUUGCCUGCAUCUAGCUGUUCUAGGGUGUAAUAAUUAGUCCAACAGUUGCAAACGAGAGUUUCUAUUGGACAAAUUCAGGUAUGUUUAUCUUUGUUCUGUUUGCUUCGUUUAAGAAAAGUUUUUCAACAUAUUAGGCGGAAUGAAUACAUCCCUGAUCACACACAACACAGUUCACUUUCAUAGCAGCCACAUACAAACAGCUCGUUGUAUUCCUUCUCGCACCUCCGCGCUCUCCUCCUCUAACCUUUUCCCUUCGCCUGUGGACUUCAAUGCACAAGACAUCAGCUGUCUGUGACCAAGUGAUAAAACCUUUCCAAGCCAAACCUUCAUAUCAUAACCGCUACACACAGCCUACAUUGUUGUCACCAUAUUAGCUAAAAGUCAUAGUGAACAUAGCUAAUAGAACUAACGUGUUACCAUAAUUACUGUCUAUGGAAGAAGGUGAGAACCAUGAGCUUCCUAGGUUUUGUAUUGAAGUCAAUGUACGCAGAGGAGGACAGAAGCUAGCUGUCCUCCGGCUACACCCUGGUGCUACCCUACAGAGUGCUGUUAAGGUUACUGUAGACCUUCAUUGCAAAACAGUGUGUUUUAAUCAAUUAUUUGGUGACGUCAAUAUAUUUAGAAUAGAAUAACUUUUUUAAUAUUUCUCUAUUUUUAUUAAAUUCACUAAGGAGGAUGGUCCUCCCCUUCCUCCACUGGUCCCAUCCUACAGAAUAGACCACCAAUUCCUUGUGAGUAGGAGAGCCCUGCUGUCCUCGUGGCUUUAUCAAAACAGGGUAGGAGUGGGUAGACAAUCCAAGAAGAGCACAAUAUUAUCUGGGUGUUUAAACUAAGAGGCAUUAUAGGGUAAUCUUUUAUUAAUUUUUUAAGAGCAUGUCCAGGAUUACAUAACAGGCAGGAAGCCUCCACUUCAAAAGAGUGAAUGGCCACUAGCCAUAAUGGUCACUAUCCAUGGAGGUCUGUAGUAGACAUUGGCCAAUGGCCACUCAGCACUUCCUAUUGUAGUACUGAAAUAAUGAAUGCAAAGUGUUUCUAAAUUGAUAAAAACGACUGUAUUCCAUGCUGUAGCUGAGACUGCUUGUCCUAAAACAUGAGGUAUACAGUUGUUAAUGUUGUUCUUCAGAAGUCUAAGUGAUAUGCAAGCCUGGCAAGAAAGGCUCUAGAAAAUCACAAAAUUAGGCGUGUACUAAGAAAUGUCUUAGUAGAAAGCCAGACAUCUGAUGUCACCCUGUUGCGUUUCAGCUCUGAAGUGUGUGUGCCAGCUAUGUGCCAACAACACCUGUGAGACGGGUGCAGACGGGGCCUGCUGGAACUCUGUGAUGCUGAUCAACGGGAAGGAGGAGGCUGUCAAGUCCUGUCUGUCCCCGGCCGAGAUGAGGGGACAGGUCUUCUGCUACAGCUCCCGGAACGUCUCCAAGAGAAACUGCUGCUUCACAGACUUCUGCAACAAUGAGACCCUGCAUCUGCAUCCAGGUACUUAUGUGGUAGCAAUGAAGUUAUGAUACUUAUUGCCAAGUCUAUUGUACUGUUAUUAGAAUCUAUUGCCCAAUCAUUAUGGUUGGGCAAUUUAACCACAUGGUUGUGGAAUUUAACCACAUGGUUUCGAAACUCAAACACACCUCCACAAUAUGGCCCUUACCCAUUCAAUAAUCUCAGCUUGACCUGUGGUUAUUCUACCAAAGGAAAGAGUAAUAAAGGAAAGAAUUAGAAGAAAACCCACGCAGACAUCAUCAGUAGCUAGAGCGCAUUCCCGGAGGGAUUUCCCACUCAGACUGUGGUCUAGCCAGAUGAGCUGAGCUACCAUUGAUUGGCCUUGCAUAUCCUGUGACAUAAUGUUGUCAGAGGUUACCAGCCACCAGCCAGUGAUCCGCCCAUCAGGUUUAUAAACACCUCGUCAGGCCAGGCGUGUGGAAUUGGUAGAGUGAAACGUCUGCUUUGUCGCAGGUAGAGGGCUUAGAGGAAGGCUAGUUAAAGCUGUCAGUACAUGUUGCUAUUCUUGACUCGGUGACCCCAGUAUGUAGCCUAUGCCUGUAUGCUGGCUGUAUGAAAUGCUUAGAAAUCGAUUGUUGCUCCUUUAGUGUUUCUAUGAAAUGUAGUUUAGUGGUGUAAACGUUCUCAUCUUUUAUGUUUUAAUGUCAUCUGACUUCUGUUACUGCUCAGUAUGGAAGAUCUGCAGUUAGUUAUGGUGUUGUUUGAAGUUGUAGAUUUUGAAGCUGUAUAAAUGCUUCUCCCUUUUUAGUUCCUGGCAUUUUCCUUUGCUCUCCACAAAGUUACUCGUCAUUAGGAAUGUGAGGGUUUGUACACAUAAUCGGUCAAAUUUAUAUUUAUUACAAUUUAGGCCUUGAAAUUGAUAUACACUGAGUGUACACCUUCCUAAUAUUGAGUUGCACCCCCUUUUGCCCUCAGAACAGCCUCAAUUCGUCAGGGCAUGGACUCUACAAAGUGUUCCACAGGGAUGCUGGCCCAUGUUGACUCCAAUUCUUCCCACAGUUGUCAAGUUGGCUGGUUGUCCUUUGGGUGGUGGACCAUUCUUGAUACACACAGGAAACUGUUGAGCAUGAAAAACCCAGCAGUGUUGCAGUUCUUGACACACUCAAACCGGUGCGCCUGGCACCUACUACCAUACCCCGUUCAAAGGCACUUAAAUAUUUUGUCUUGCACAUUCACCCUCUGAAUGGCACACAUACACAAUCCAUGUCUCAAUUGUCCCAAGGCUUAAAAAUCCUUAUUUAACCUGUCUCCUCCCCUUCAUUAACACUGAUUUGAAGUGGAUUUAACAAGUGACAUCAAUAAGGGAUCAAAGCUUUCACCUGGUCAGUCUGUCAUGGAAGGAGCAGGUGUUUCUAAUGUUUUGUACACUUAGUGUACAGCUCGCAGUAGCAGUGUGGCAGGGCUGUACCUUGAAAGGUAACAUCGGCUCUCUCCCUAAAUAGCCCAAUACCCUAGAAUAGAAAAAAAUCUUGUACUCUUCAUAUCAUAUAAUUGACCUAUCUGACCUUUUCCAUAGAAAUAUUAUAAAUAGUGAGUGUCAUAAAGCUUCUUAUAUCUAGAAUCUUAUAUGUAAGGUUUAGAAUAGUUGAUAAGUCGAAUUAGACUGUGCUGAGCUUCAACAAAGGCCUGCACACCCUGUAUCUCUCCAGGGAUGGUAAUAACUGCAUUACAGUGAUGCUAUAUAGGAUCCAAACCCAUCAUCAGAUUAUACUUAGACGCUUUGAUGUGAAGAAUAAACACACACAUUAUGAUAAAGUCAUUUAAGGUAACAUUCAUAAAUUGUUCAUAGAUAAUAGUCUACACACCGACUUAGGGUACUAUUGCUGACCUCCCUCUAUUUAAGAGGGUACAGACUCUCUCUCCUCUAUUCUUCAGUGCCUGUGCUAUGACCUUGAGUACGUUCCCCUGGUUACCAAAUUGAUUGUAUGUACCGAAGCGGAGCGGUCCAACCGCUUUCAAAUUGCCAGAGCUACAGAGAAAAGAUAACAACUAUAUCAAUUACUCAUAAAGGCCACUUAGAGAUGACAAUGAUAUAACUGACUACUAUUGCUGUGGAUGAAGUGUGUAUAGCUGUUUUUAAAGGACAUUAUUUUGUUUAUUUUGUCAGGGAGUUGGUAUGACAGACUGCCCAGGGGUUGCAAUAUUGUUUUCCAAUAAAAUAACUGAUUACAUCAAGGGUUCCUCUACUUUUCCUUGUAUGCACCAAAUGAGUGAUUCUGUCUAAAUUCACCCAGUUCUUAAAUAUUUGCUGAACAAAAAUAUAAACGCCACAUGCAACAAUUUCAACCAUUUUACUGAGUUACAGUUCAUAUAGGGAAAUCAGUCAAUUGAAAUAAAUUAAUUAGGCCCUAAUCUAUGGAUUUCACAUUACUGGGAAUACAGAUAUGCAUCUGUUGGUCACAGAUACUUUAGAAAAAUGUAGGGGCGUGGAUCAGAAAACCAGUCCGUAUCUGGUGUGACCACCAUUUGCCUCAUGCAGCGCGACACAUCUCCUUCGCAUAGAGUUGAUCAGGCUGGUGACUUGUGGCCUGUAGAAUAUUGUCCCACUCCUCUUCAAUGGCUGUGCGAAGUUGCUGGAUAUUGGCGGGAACUGGAACACACUGUCGUACACAACGAUCCAGAGCAUCCCAAACAUGCUCAAUGGGUGACAUGUCUGAGGAUAAAGGCCAUGGAAUAACUGGGAAAUUUUCAGCUUCCAGGAAGUGUGUACAGAUCCUUGCGACAUGGGGCCGUUCAUUAUCAUCCUGAAACAUGAGGGGAUGGCGGUGAAUUAAUGGCAUGACAAUGGGCCUCAGGAUCUCGUCACGGUAUCGCUGUGCAUUCAAAUUGCCAUCGAUAAAAUGCAAUUGUGUUUGUUGUCCGUAGCUUAUACCUGCCCAUGCCAUAACCCCACCGUCACCAUGGGGCACUCUGUUCACAAAGUUGACAUCAGCAAACCUCUCGGCCACACAACACAAUACACGUGGUCUACGGUUGUGAGGCCGGUUGGACGUACUGCCAAAUUCUCUAAAACUAUGUUGGAGGCAGCUUAUGGUAGAGAAAUUAACAUUAAAUUCUCUGGCAACAGCUCUUAUGGACAUUCCUGCAGUCAGCAUGCCAAUUGCAUGCUCCCUCAAAACUUGAGACGUGUGGCAUUGUGUUGUGUGACAAAACUGCACAUUUUUAAAGUGGCCUUUUAUUGUCCCCAGCACAAGGUACACCUGUGUAAUGCUCAUGCUGUUUAAUCAGCUUCUUGAUAUGCCGCACCUGUCAGGUGGAUGGAUUAUAUUGGCAAAUGAGAAAUGCUCACUAACAGGGAUGCACAAAAUAUGAGCAAAAUAAGCUUCUUGUGCAUAUGGAACAUUUCUGGGAUUUUUUAUUUCAGCUCAUGAAACAUGGGACCAACACUUUACAUGUUGCUACACUGAAUCACUGGACCUUUAACACUGGAUAAUCGCAACUAGCUAGCUGCAACCAAAUGAACGCUGUUGUUGGCUAAUCAGCCUUGAGCUAGCCUUGAGUCAGGCACAUCUCCUGGCUAUCUACCCCUCUGUCAACCAGACGGGACCUCCUAGAGUCGACACGGAGCACCUGCCGAUCCAUCAUGACUGGUCUGCCGACGUAAUCGUCUGUGGUUUCAACAGGCUUCCCGUUGCGACGACCACGAAGAUCCAUCUGCUAGCCCCGGCCCGCUAGCACAUGCAAACUACAACCGUGCUUCCUGCUUGCUGUGCUGAAGCACCAAUUUGAACUGCUCUCGGACUCACAUAUUGCUGUUCACUGGACCUUUAUGAUCACUCAGCUGCACAGCUGAUGCCUGCUGGACUGUUCCUUUUUACACGGUACCCUGUCCUGUUUAGCCUCAGCCCAAACUUUAUCGCGAUUACCAGUUGUUGUCUUAGCUCUCUCUAAUAACACCCGUGAUUGCUUUAUGCCUCUCUCCCAUGUCAAUAUGCCUUGCUUAUUGCUGUUCCAGUUAGUUCUUAUUAUACAAUUUCACUGUAGAAUCCCAAGUCCCUCUGAAACUGCCUCAAAUAGUUCCUUUGUUCCACCCCCCCAAUACACACCGAGACCGGCUCAAUCGGUGCCUCCAGUGAUGCUAUCUCUUUCAUUGUUACCCAACGCUUAGGUUUACCUCCACUGUACCCAUAUCCUUCCAUAUCCUUGUCUGUACAUAAUGCCCUGAAUCUUUUCUACAACGCCCGGAAAUCUGCCCCCUUAUUCUCUGUACCCAACGCACUAGAAGACCAGUUCUUAAAGCCUUUAGCCGUAUCCUUAUUCUAGUCCUCCUCUGUUCCUCUGGUGAUGUAGAGGCUAACCCAGGCCCUGCAGCCCCCAGUAUCACUCCUACUCCCCAGGAGCUAUCAUUUGUUGACUUCUGUAACCGUAAAAGCCUUGGUAUUCUGCACGUUAACAUCAGAAACCUCCUUCCUAAGUUUUAAUUAUUCACUCCGUUAGCACACUCCGCCAACCCUGAUGUUCUAGCAGUGUCUGAAUCCUGGCUUAGGAAGGCCACCAUUCUGAUAUUUCCAUCCCCAACUACAACAUUUUCCGUCUAGAUAGAACUGCCAAAGGGGGUGGAGUUGCAAUCUACUGUAGAGAUCCUGCAGAGCUCUAUCAUACUAUCCAGGUCUGUGCCCAAACAGUUUGAGCUUCUACUUCUAAAAAUCCACCUUUCUGUUGCCGCUUGCUACAGACCCCCCCUCAGCCCCCAGCUGUGCCCUGGACACCAUAUGUGAAUUGAUUGCCCCCCAUUUAUCCUCAGAGUUCAUACUGCUUGGUGACCUAAAUUGGGAUAUGCUUAACACCCCAGCCAUCCUACAAUCCAAACUAGAUGCCCUCAAUCUCACACAAAUUAUCAACGAACCUACCAGGUACAACCCUAAAUCCAUAAACAUGGGUACCCUCAUAGAUAUCAUCCUGACUAACUUACCCUCUAAAUACACCUCUGCUGUCUUCAACCAGGAUCUCAGCGAUCACUGCCUUAUUGCCUGUGUCCGUAAUGGGUCCGCGGUCAAACGACCACCCCUCAUCACUGUCAAACGCUCCCUAAAACACUUUAGCGAGCAGGCCUUCCUAAUUGACCUGGCCCAGGUAUCCUGGAUGGAUAUAGAUCUCAUUCCGUCAGUAGAGGAUGCCUGGUUGUUCUUUAAAAGUAAUUUCCUCUCAAUCUUAAAUAAACAUGCCCCAUUCAAAAAAUACAGAACUAAGAACAGAUAUAGCCCCUGGUUCUCCUCAGACUUGACUGCCCUUGACCAGCACAAAAACAUCCUGUGGCGUACUGCAUUAGCAUCAAAUAGCCCCCGCGAUAUGCAACUUUUUCAGGGAAGUUAGGAACCAAUAUACCCAAGCAGUUAGGAAAGCAAAGGCGAACUUUUUCAAACAGAAAUGUGCAUCCUGUAGCACUAACUCCAAAAAGUUUUGGGACACUAAAGUCCAUGGAGAAUAAGAGCACCUCCUCCCAGCUGCCCACUGCACUGAGGCUAGGAAACACUAUCACCACCGAUAAAUCUACAAUAAUCGAGAAUUUCAAUAAGCAUUUUGCUACGGCUGGCCAUGCUUUCCACCUGGCUACCACUACCCCGGCCACCAGCUCUGCACCCUCCGCUGCAACUUGCCCAUGCCCCCCCCCCCCCCGCUUCUCCUUCACACAAAUUCAGACAGCUGAUGUUCUGAAAGAGCUGCAAAAUCUGGACCCCUACAAAUCAUCUGGGCUAGACAAUCUGGACCCUUUCUUUCUAAAACUAGCCGCCAAAAUUGUCGCAACCCCUAUUACUAGCCUGUUCAACCUCUCUUUCGUAACGUCUGAGAUCCCCAGAGAUUGGAAAGCUGCCGCGGUCAUCCCCCUCUUCAAAGGGGGUGACACUCUAGAUCCAAACUGUUACAGACCUAUAUCCAUCCUGCCCUGCCUUUCGAAAGUAUUUGAAAGCCAAGUUAACAAACAGAUCACCGACCAUUUCGAAUCCCACCGUACCUUCUCCGCUAUGCAAUCUGGUUUCCGAGCUGGUAAUGGGUGCACCUCAGCCACGCUCAAGGUCCUAAACGAUAAUAGACAGUACUGUGCAGCCGUCUUCAUCUUCCUGGCCAAGGCUUUCGACUCUGUCAACCACUGCAUUCUUAUUGGCAGACUAAAUAGCCUUGGUUUCUCAAAUGACUGCCUUGCCUGAUUCACCAACUACUUCUCAGAUAGAGUUCAAUGUGUCAAAUCGGAGGGCCUGUUGUCUGGACCUAUGGCAGUCUCUAUGGGGGUGCCACAGGGUUCAAUUAUUGGGCCGACUCUUUUCUCUGUGUAUAUCAAUGAUGUCGCUCUUGCUGCUGGUGACUCUCAGAUCCACCUCUAUGCAGACGACACCAUUUUUUAUACAUCUGGCCCUUCAUUGGACACUGUGUUAACAAACCUCCAAACAAGCUUCAAUGCCAUAUAACACUCCUUCAGUAGCCUCCAACUGCUCUUAAACACUAGUAAAACUAAAUGCAUGCUCUUCACUCGAACACUGCUGGCACCCGCCCACCCGACUAGAAUCACUACUCUCGACGGGUCUGACCUAGAGUAUGUGGACAACUACAAAUACCUAGGUGUCUGGUUAGACUGUAAACUCUCCUUCCAGACUCGCAUUAAGAAUCUCCAAUCCAAAGUUAAAUCUAGAAUCGGCUUCCUAUUUCGCAACAAGGCCUCCUUCACUCAUGCUGCCAAACAUGCCCUCGUAAAACUGACUAUUCUACCGAUCCUUGACUUCAGCGAUGUCAUUUACAAAAUAGCCUCCAACACUCUACUCAGCAAAUUGGAUGUAGUCUAUCACAGUGCCAUCCGUUUUGUCACCAAAGCCCCAUAUACUACCCACCACUGUGACCUGUACGCUCUUGUUGGCUGGUCCUCACUACAUAUUCGUCGCCAAACCCACUGGCUCCAGGCCAUCUAUAAAUCACUGCUAGGCAAAUCCCAGCCUUAUCUUAGCUCAUUGGUCACCAUAGCAACACCCACCCAUAGUAUGCACUCCAGCAGGUAUAUCUCACUGGUCAUCUCCAAAGCCAACACCUGCUUUGGCCGCCAUUCCUUCCAGUUCUCUGCUGCCAAUGACUGGAACGAAUUGCAAAAAUCUCUGAACUGGAGACUCAUCUCCCUCACUAACUUUAAGCAUCAGUUGUCAGAGCACCUUACCGAUCACUGCACCUGUACAGAGCCCAUCUGAAAUUAGCCCACCUAACUACCCCAUAUUGUUAUUUAUUUUGCUCAUUUGCACCCCAGUAUCUCUAUUUGCACAUAAUCUCUUGCACAUCUAUCAUUCCAGUGUUAAUACUAAUUGUAAUUAUUUUGCACUAUAGCCUAUUUAUUGCCAUACCUCCAUAACCUGCUACAUUUGCACACACUGUAUAUAUAUAUAUAUAUAUAUAUAUAUAUAUAUAUAUAUAUAUAUAUAUAUAUAUAUAUAUAUAUAUAUAUAUAUAUAUAUAUAUAUAUAUAUAUAUAUAUAUAUAUAUAUAUAUAUAUAUUUUCUUUUGUAUUUUUGACUUUAUGUUUUGUUUUACCCCAUAUGUAAUUCUGUGUUGUUGUUUUUAUUGCACUGCUUUGCUUUAUCUUGGCCAGGUCGCAGUUGUAAAUGAGAACUUGUUCUCAACUGGCUUACCUGGUUAAAUAAAGGUGAAAUAAAAAUAAAGUUUAUAUUUUUGUUCAGUGUAGUUUAUGGAAGCUUUCCGGACUCCAUUGAUGAAAGUUAAAACAUUUUGAAUGAGUAGUAUAAACAGAAGGCUCUGUUCCAUAUGCCUGUUAUACAUGCUUUGUCCAGUAUAUUUCAUUAGCCUUCAAGUCACAGCUGAUCUUUUGAAAUCAGUUAACUCAUAUAUAAGCUGACCUCAAUGGAUCAUGUGAAAACAAGCUCAAUUAGAUAUGUUUAUGGAUCUUAUUGUAACCGGUUACAGCACGACUGAAAGUUCAAAGGGUAGAUGAGAUGACGUUAGCCCACUACAGUUGUAAUGUUUGAAAUCUAUAAUAGAAUGGCUCUGUGCAUGUAAAAAGCUGUAUCUGCCUUGUGCAUAGAAAUUGAAUAUAUGAUCUAGCUCCUAUGGGUACGCUAGCAAUGGCUACCUGUCCACCCAUUAUGCCAUCAUUGUUUUGAAUGGGGAGGCCCGUUCUAUAGAUUCUAUGGUCUUGUCAUAAUGACUGUUUGCCUCCAGGUUGAGGCAAAUGAUUGUAGCAGUCUGUGUUGUUGGGAAAAAUAAAACGCACUACUCUUUAUUUCAAACGGGACGUUGAUUUCCAGAAAUGUGCCUAGUCUAAAGAACACGUUGUAUCAUACCGUCACAUAAAUAUAGAGAUGGAGAUAUUGAGAUUUGGAUACAAAUAUUUGAAUAUGUCAAAAAUGAUGAAUGACUUGAGAUUGCUGCCCUAACACAUGCCACUCCCAAAGUAGCCUCCCAACAUUAGACACAGAUAAGUGAACUACUCAAAGCACAUGGGGAAGUAGAUAUGUCCCAAGUGCAUCCAACUGAUAUUCAUGUUGAAAAACAUUCAAUCUUUUCACCAGUAGGGCAAUGGAGGUUAGAGACUGAUUUUCCUGUUGUUUUGCAUGCUUCAUUGAGUGACUUGCUUUGCUCUACUUGGACGUGUGGUAGAAAUGCUUUUAGGUCAAAGGGAAAGACGUGUUAUGAAAUAGUUGACUUGGGUUGUGGUGUUCACAUAUCUGAAUCUGUGUACAGUUCUCACCCUGUCAAUGUUGCAAGACGUCUUACUAGAUGAGGACACUCAAAGGACUAUUGCUGCAAUUGGGGAUAAGACCAUGAGGUCAAACUAACAUGACACCACUUAAGCGUUAGAGUGCACUUUCUGUUUUGUUGAUAGUAAGGCUAUUCCAACUUGGAAAAAUAACUGCUUUAUUACAUCAUUUUUUGAUUACUUUAUUAUUCUAUAAGUUAGUAUUUCCAUGGUAAUUCCAGCAUUCUAACCUUAUUAAAUGGGUUUGAGAAGGAGAUGUUGUUGUCCAUGAAGUGGUUGUUUUUGACCAUAUUGUUCCCAAAUCCACCCACUAAAAGAAUCAAGGACAUUUGCAUAAAUGUCAUUCAGUCAGUGCUCAUUAAUUUAUUAAAAUAACGACACAAAGUUAGACUUACUUACUGUAUAUGUCUGGCAGUACAGCCGGAGCCUGUUCAUCUGUUAAGUGAUUGAGUCUAGAUGCAUAUCUCCAAGAUGCAUUUUGCAGUCAGUUCAUGACUCCAUGGAAUUUAUUAUUGGUAAAACAAGCUGAACUUAUAAAACUUUUGGCCAGUAAAACCCAGCUUCUGUAUAUUGUGCUGUUGAUGAAUCUGAUUGCCUGAGAACAUCUGGCAAUUCUACGGCUUUUGGCAUAGAACUUCACUUUUAGAAAUCUGUUUAAUUGCAAACCUAGCUCUGCAUCUGCCAAAUUCAAAUUUCUCAGGAUCUGAGAGGAUUUAGAUUAGCUGAAGGGCUGUAUUCAUUUUCUGGAUUCAUGGUGUUCUGUCUAGCCUGGGUGCCUGACUAUUUCUGCAGCCAUACUAAAACACAACAUCGUUUGGCAAGUCAAUGACAAGUUGUUUUUAAACAGAAUAGCACCCAGGCCAGGUUCGGUCUGACUAAACGAUCCUGGAGUAAAUUAUCCUGGCACCCCCAUAGGGUUCUGGUCAAAGGUAGUGCACUAUAUAGGGAAAAGGUUGCCAUUUGGGACACAACCACAUUCAUAACAUUGUUAGCUGCUGGUGAACAGAAUGGUGCCUUCGUUUUGGGAGACAAGCUGGUACAGUGUUUUACUACAUUAUGUACUGUACGUUGUUGGCAGUAAUGGGUUAAUGAAUAAAGUUGAAAAGGACCACUAGAGGGCAUAGGGAUCAUGAGAAGUAUUAGCCUAUGUAUCCUUUUUUUCCAUCCCUAAACAUUCUCCAUCCACAUUUUAAAAAUCUUAUAUCACAAAUGUGUGGGCCAUUGCACAUGAAUCUACUGAUCAAGUCUUGUUACUGAAUGUGGCCCUCUGUUUUAGAAUACAUAGUAUGCUGCUGUGUCUGUGUUGUGUAGGCUAUGUAGAGAGGGCCAUCGGAGGAGCCCGGCUGGGGCAGGCUGGAGCUGGCAGCGGUCAUCCUGGUUCCCUCUGCCCUGCUGUGUGUGAGCAUCCUGCUGGGGGUGUGUGUGAUGCAGGGCCAGCUCUGUGCCUACAACAGGGCCCACAAGAAUGACGUGGACGAGCCCCUGGAUGACCAGAGUCUCAUGUCCCCCGACAAGUGUAUUAAAGACCUCAUCUACGACAUGAGCACGUCAGGCUCAGGCUCUGGUAAGAGAGAGUAUAUAAAUGCAUUUACAGUCAUAGAAAUAGAAUCACUAGAACGGACAUCCCUUUUCAAGUCAAUGGGUCUGUAAUGGUGAUUCCAUUUAGGCGCACACCAGAGGAGAGCAGGUAAUGGUGCUAUGAUAGAUAGACCUCAUAGUGAGUGUAGUGUUUUGAAUCAAUUUGCUGUUUUAAUAUUGAACACCAUUUUAUUUGCUUGAUAUGGCCACAUUGGGCAGGAAGUGAGAGGCAGAUCGUUUGUAACACGAAAUCCUGAUUUAGUUUUUGUUUCACAGGGCUGCCGCUGCUGGUACAGCGGACAAUAGCUCGGACCAUCGUGCUGCAGGAGACCAUUGGGAAGGGCCGCUUCGGGGAGGUGUGGCGAGGGAAGUGGCGAGGGGAGGACGUGGCGGUGAAGAUCUUUUCAUCCCGAGACGAGAGGUCCUGGUUCAGAGAGGCAGAGAUCUACCAGACCAUCAUGCUCCGACACGAGAACAUCCUGGGAUUCAUCGCAGCCGAUAACAAGGGUACUUAUUGACACAAUUUCAGAGUCCCAAAUGGCACCCUGUUCCCUAUUAAGUGCACUACUUUUGACCAGGGUCAUCUCUAUUGUUUUGACCAUGUGAGACCAACGUUCUCAAUAAGACUGUACACAUACACUAACCCCAGGUGUAUGCCCUCUGCUGUUUGUGUUGCAGAUAACGGCUCUUGGACUCAGCUGUGGCUGGUGUCAGAGUACCACGAGCACGGCUCUCUGUUUGACUACCUGAACAGGUACACUUUGUCUGUGGACGGCAUGAUCGUCCUGGCCUUGUCCAUCACCAGCGGCCUGGCACACCUCCACAUGGAGAUCAUUGGCACUCAGGGUGAGGGACUGGCACCGCAAUCCUCUCUGACUAGAUCGGGCACUACAGCUCCCAGGUCCUAGCCACAGCUCCACAGAUAUACCAUGCCCUAGGCUCUUAUUUGUAGUGCAUUAUAGUAGCCUCCAAUCCAGUACCAACUGCAGACCUGUGUAUCUGUCAAUCUAGUGUUGCAAUGAUGCCAUUCCCGCUAUAGAUAAUCUUUUUAACAUCCCACAGGAUUGACAUGUAUUUAUUUACGAAAGGUCAGAAGAUUACUCACUGUGACUAGGUGAGGGCCUCCUACUGUAACAAAGCACUAACAGCAGAAAAUCCUCUUUCAUGGAGCGCUUUCUUAUUCUUUGAAAAGCUACACUCCCAAGCACACUUCUUUGUGUUGCUAGUUACAUGCUGUAGUGACCUUGUCACAUUCAGAACCAAAGCCCUACUUCUAUAAUUACAAUAUAACACGUACUGUAUUUUCUUCUGAAUGGGGUUUCUUUGUAUCAGAUGUUUACACAGUACUACUGUUAAUCGAUUGUUAGCACCGGACGUCUGUUUUGCAAGGGUCAUAAAACAGUGACCACAAACAUCAAUCCAUGUAUCCUGUUAGCAAGUUAUUGAAAUGACUGUAUUGUAAUAUGUACAUCUAUUAUUCUAUUUUGCAAACCCCAUGUGUCACGUUAGCAAGUUGAAAUAACAUGUAAUAUAACUAUGAUUUGGGAUCUGUCUUACAGGGAAACCUGCCAUUGCCCACAGAGACAUCAAGUCUAAAAACAUCCUGGUGAAGAAGAAUGGGACAGCUGUCAUAGCAGACCUGGGAUUGGCUGUGAAACACGACUCCAGCACCAACACCAUCGACAUACCGUCCAAUCACAGAGUAGGAACAAAGAGGUAACUAGGCAGCUUUUACCUGAGAGAAGAGAGACAAGAGCAAUGACGGAGCAUGGGCAUGUUUAUUGGCCACUUUGAUCUACCUCUUAUUUAAAUAUUAAUAUUUUAUAUUUAUAUGUCCUUUUAGAGAGAUGGAGGGAGAAAUAUUGGGACGAUGAUCAGGAAGGUCUCACAUUGACUUUGAGUACGUCCCAAAAGCCACAGCUCUUAUCUAAAGUAGUGUACUAGGGAAUAGGGUGCCAUUUGGUACACACACCAAGUCUUUACCUCAUAUCACUCGCCCUCGUUUUGUUUAGGAAAUUGAUGGCUAACCGACAGGUAUCCCCUUCCACAUGCUCUCUCCAUCAUUCAGAGUUCCUUUUUUUAGGGCCACCAUAUGCUUUGCUUGUAAACUGUAAACAUAGUGAUGGGACCGCAGCUCACAUGGAGCCCUGUCUCUAUAAUAAUAAAAUGACUCUGUGUAUCUCUGUGUGCCUGCUGCCUGUCUGUGUAUCUCUGCCAGGACAUUGAGUCUUCUUCUUCUAAAGGACAGAUGCAUCAUUGUUUACUCUCUCACCCUAAAACCCAGUUAAUUAGGAGUUAACAAGUGUAUCCUCUCUCUUGGCAGGUACAUGGCCCCAGAACUGCUGGAUGACACGAUCAAUAUGAGCAGCUUUGAGUCAUUCAAGCGGGCCGACAUCUACUCCCUGGGCCUGGUGUUCUGGGAACUGGCACGGAGGUGCUCCGUCAGGGGUAAGUUAUUCAACUCUUAGUACAAAAGCAACCUGAAGCAAAUAAAAUUGAAGUCUCCAGACUGUGGAACUAAUGCACUCCUAGAAAUGACACUAUUUAACCAGGGCACCUCUAUAUAGGGAAUAGGGUGCCAUUUGGGACACAUAUCAAGUUAUUUAACUCUUAGUACAAAAGCAACCUGAAACAAAUUUAAAUGGAAGUGUCCAGUCUGCAGCUAAUGCACUGAAAUAAAUUACACUAGAGAAGUGACUGAUGCAGUUAUUGGGUAGGUAACUCAAAUUACUUGAAUCAGUGAUUCAUCAUUUUAUAAAUAUUAAAGGUACAGCACAGUCAACCUAUUUCCCCAAAAAAAUUUGCCUGAAUGACCAAAACAUCACCCAUAAUAUUUGUACACUAUUAAAAUGCUCAGAAUUGAAGAUACUGCACCUUUUCUCUCAUCUCUAACGAUCAGGAAGCCUGAAAGAACAGGCGGAGUGGUCAGGGAGCUUAUAUUCAUGAGCUCGCCUUGACUGACAGCUUUUUGAAACACCCUUGUAGUCGUUGCCAGGUAACAAGGUAAACAAUGGGCCAAAAAAACAAUGACAACUACGUGCCAUUUUCAAGGGAUUGUUAUAUGUUAUAACUAUUUGGUUUUAAUAUCAUCACCUCUUGAAGAGCAUAGUCAGAACUACACGUUUCUGAUUAUCUGAUUACAUUUAUCUCUAUCAUCAGAGUUAUACAACAUGUAACUGCAUGCUUUUCAUGAUCAGUAAACAUCAAUUGAUCCUCGUCCUGGUACAGUUGUCAGUUGUGUUAGAAAUUGCGUAAUUCAAAUCUGGUAUUGGAAUAAGAAUCAAGAGAUCUUCAAUCCAAGCUUAAUUUAUUAUAUGCAAAAUGUAUGUAUGAUAAGUAUGAAGGUUCGUAUAUACGGGUCCACUGAAAUACCACGCAGGGCACUCAGUUAACUAAUCCAUUGUUCUAAGUUCUUCUUAAAAUACUCUGACAGAAAUCCUCCACUUCUUCUGUUGGCCAACCAGAGCAAAGGACUGAGUGUGGUCCAGACUCCAUUUCAGCCAAUCCGUUCCAUUUGUUACAAGGCAUAGUUGCUAUGAUAAUAACCUGCGGAGUCAGCACCGAAAAUACACAAAAUCCACUGUAGCCAGGUUCAAGGACAGUUUCACAGACAUCAAAGAGAGAGUGUUCUUAUCAGCCUGUUAUGUGAAACAAUCCAUAUCAGUACAGUGCUCCUCAUUAAUGCAUUCCUUCCAAGCUAUUCAUCACAUACAAAUCCAAUUAAAAAAUAAAACCCAUCAGUUGGACUACUGUCAUCACCACUAUAGAAGCAAAGCAAAUAUAGCCUAGCCAUCUAGUUUAUCCCCUGAAAGUUAGCUUGUUAACUAGCCAACUGCACUUGAUCUGUUAUUAGCUAGCUAGCCAAUUUGACGUGGUCCAUCAAUCAAUGUAUCAUGAAAAGCAUGAAGUUACUUGCUGUGUAACUCUGACAGGCCUAUAGCUAAAUGUUCGCAAUUGUUUUGGAUGGAAUAAUCACAAAUGAGUAGUUCUGACUAUGCUCUUCAAGAGGUGACGAUAUUACAAACAAAUAAAAAACAGCACGCAGUUGUCAAUGGUUGUAGCGGAGCUUAGUGUCUCCUUGCCCCCCAGCAGGAAAAUCGAAUGCUCUGCACCUUAUUGUGAUGUUUUAUUCAUAAUGACCUAUAGUAUAAGUUACCCCAUUUUCUCUGCAAAAUUCUCUCAUGGUCAACAGAGCUGAUCAUGGACUGUUGGGUAUCAGACAAACAGCAGCAAUACACAAUUGCAUUUCUAUUGUUUUGUAAUUACACUGAACAAAAAUAUAAAUGCAACAUGCAACAAUUUCAAAGAUUUUACUGAGUUACAGUUCAUAUAAGGAAAUCAGUCAAUUGAAAUAAAUUCAUUAGGCCAAAAUCUAUGGAUUUCAUAUGACUGAGCAGGGGCGCAGUCAUGGGUGGGCCUGGGAGGGCAUAUGAAAUCCAGUCAGUAUCUGGUGUGACCACCAUUUGCCUCAUGCGCGACACCUCCUUCGCAUAGAGUUGAUUAGGCUGUUGAUUGUGGCCUGUGGAAUGUUGUCCCACUCCUCUUCAAUGGCUGUGCCAAGUUGAUGGAUAUUGGUGGGAAUUGGAACACGCUGUCUUACACGCCUAUCCAGAGCAUCCCAAACAUGCUCAAUGGGUGACAUGUCUGGUGAGUAUAAAGGCGAUGGAAGAACUGGGACAUUUUCAGCUUCCAGCAAUUGUGUACGGAUCCUUGCGACAUGGGGCCGUGCAUUAUCAUGCUUAAACAUGAGGUGAUGGUGGCGGAUGAAUGGCACGACAAUGGGCCUCAGGAUCACGUCACGGUAUCUCUGUGCAUUCAAACUGCUAUCGAUAAAAUGCAAUUGUUUGUUGUCUGUAGCUUAUGCCUGCCCAUACCAUAACCCCACCGUCACCAUGGUGCACUCUGUCCACAACGUUGACAUUAGCAAACCGCUCGCCCACACAACGCCAUACAAACCAGGAUUCAUCCGUGAAGAGCACACUUCUCCAGCGUGCCAGUGGCCAUCGAAGGUGAGCAUUUGUCCACUGAAGUCGGUUACGACGCCGAACUGCAGUCAGGCCAAGACCCUGGUGAGGAUGAUAAGCACGCAGAUAAGCUUCCCUGGGAGGUUUCUGACAAUUUGUUCAGAAAUUAUUUGGUUGUGCAAACCCACAGUUUCACCAGCUGUCCGGGUUGCUGGUCUCAGACGAUCCCGCAGGUGAAGAAACCGGAUGUGGAGGUCCUGGGCUGGCGUGGUUACACGUGGUCUGCGGUCGUGAGGCCGGUUGGACGUACUGCCAAAUUGUCUAAAACGAUGUUGGAGGUGGCUUAUUGUCACACCCUGACCUUUAAAUGCCUGUUGUUUCUCGUUGGUUUGGUCAGGGUGUGAAUUUCUAUGUAUAGAUUCUAUGUUAUUGUAUUUCUAUGUUGGCCGGGUGUGGUUCCCAAUCAGAGGCAGCUGUCGAUCGUUGUCUCUGAUUGGGGAUCAUACUUAGGUAGCCAUUUUGCCUACCUAUGUUGUGGGAUCUUGACGCUUGUUUGUGUGUAGCCAUUGUGAGCUUCACGUUACGUUGCUUUUGUUGUUUUGUCGGUGUUUAAUUAAUAAAUAAACAUGUAUGCAUUCCACGCUGCACCUUGGUCCAAUCCUGUACUCAACAAACGUGACAGAAGAUCCCACCACCAACGGACGAAGCAACGUGCCCAGGAGGAGCAAACACCCUGGACACAGCGGGAAGCAACCUUGGUAGAUGUCCUCCUCGGUUGGGGGAAAAUUACCGAGAGCAGGAGAGCUUCCUUCAAAAGGAGGCGCUGCAGGAUGCCCGUAGGGAGAAGGAAUUAGUGGAUGCACGGAGAGAGGAGCUGGCCAGGCAACAGAAGGAGCGUGUGUUCAUUGAGGAACCUAGUUAUGCGGAGAUACGUAGUGUCACCAGUGCGCCUUCACAGUCCAGUGCGUCCUGUGCCAGCACCCCGCACGUGUCGUGCGAAAGUGGGCAUCCAGCCAGGAUGGGUUGUGCCAGCUUUACACUCCAGACCUCCAGUACGCCUCCACGGUCCAGUAUAUCCUGCUCCGGUUCUACGCACUGUGUCACCAGUGCGCCUCCCCAGCCCGGUACGCCCCGUACCUGCUCCCCGCACCAAACUAGUGGUGUGUGUAUCCAGUCCGGUACGGCCCAUACCUGCUCCUCGCACCAAACCAGUGGUGCGUGUCGCCAGCCCGGUACGCCCCGUGCCUGCUCCUCGCACCAGCCCAGUGGUGCGUGUCGCCAGCCCGGUACGCCCGUGCCUGCUCCUCGCACCAGACCAGUGGUGCGUGUCUCCAGUCCGGCACGGCCCGUGCCUGCUCCUCGCACCAGACCAGUGGUGCGUGUUCCCAGUCCGGCACAGCCCGUGCCUGCUCCUCGCACCAGACCAGUGGUGCGUGUUCCCAGUCCGGCACAGCCCGUGCCUGCUCCUCGCACCAGACCAGUGGUGCGUGUUCCCAGUCCGGCACGGCCCGUGCCUGCUCCUCGCACCAGACCAGUGGUGCGUGUUCCCAGCCCGGUGCGGCCCAUGUCUGUUCCUCGCACCAGACCAGUGGUGCGUGUUCCCAGCCCGGUGCGGCCCAUGCCUGUUCCUCGCACCAGACCAGUGGUGUGUGUCCCCAGCCUGGUACGGCUGGUGCCAGAGCAGUCCGCUCCACUGGUUCCCAGUCCAGCUCUGGUCAGCUGCUCCACUCCAGUGCCAGAGCUGUCUGCUCCACCGGUGCCCAGUCCAGCUCCGGUCAGCAGCUCCACUCCAGAACCAGACGUCAACCCCUCUCCAGGGUCGGGGCCUCCCACACCAGGGUCCAGACAGGGCUUGGUGCAUCGUGGGAGGACUGAGAGGGGAAGCAUCAUGCCGAGGUCCAGACCGGACCAGGGAUGCAACGGGGAGGCAGUAAGGGAGAGGACGUCAGGCCCGGAGCCGGAGCCGCCACCGAGGCUAGAUGCCCACCCGGACCCUCCCCUGUUAAGUUAGGUUUUGCGGCUGGAGUCCGCACCUUUUUGGGGGGGGUACUGUCACGCCCUAACCUUUUUUAAAUGCCUGUUGUUUCUCGUUGGUUUGGUCAGGGUGUGACUUUCUAUGUAUAGAUUCUAUGUUAUUGUAUUUCUAUGUUGGCCGGGUGUGGUUCCCAAUCAGAGGCAGCUGUCGAUCGUUGUCUCUGAUUGGGGAUCAUACUUAGGUAGCCAUUUUGCCUACCUAUGUUGUGGGAUCUUGACUCUUGUUUGGCUUGUUUUUUUUUUUGGGGGGGGGGGGGGGGGUAGAUCAGCUUAAUAUUGCAGAUAGAUUGUAACUUCCAUCAAUGUAAUUGUCUGCAUCACUUCCAAUCCCCCAUGUUUUUUUUUAUAUAUAUAUACUCCCCUUUAUUACUUUUCAACCCCACCAUCCUUUCCCUACUUGGGGUAAAUUAGUGAACAACAAUGCCCAGGCCUCUACUUCCAGCCUAUACUUACUAUCUACACCUUAUGGACACAGUCAAUUUUACAAUAUUUAUAUUUUAUUUAUUUUUGCUUCUACUCUCAACCUCUCCGAUCAUUUUCAUGAUGUCCAUCCGGUUUGCUUCUAUAUGCCAUAUCUUUCUAACUGUGCUCUUUCCCAAAAGCUCCCAACAUACAACCUAUAUACUUAUUAUGGACACAGUAUGCUUACAUUAUUAGUUAUCUUGUUAUUAUUUGUUAUUAGUCCCAUCCUUCAACUCCAUUCAACACCUCCCAUCUCUUAACACCAUCCAUAUAGGAUUUCUAUUUGCCAUAUAUAUUUCAACCGUACUGUGAUGUUUUACAAAAGUUCUGAACCUUUCUGUUCUCAUUGCUUCUACAGAUUGUGAUUUAAAAAUAAACAUUUUUGCUAAAAGUAUUAUUAUAUUAUUGAUCGACUGACUAUGACUUUUCAGAUCACCCAGUAAUGCUAUCUGCAAGGUUAGCUCCAGGUAAAUAUUGCAAUCCUUUAGCCAUUCCUGGACCUGUGUCCAAAAACAAGCUACAAAUGGACAGAACCAAAACAAAUGAUCUAAUGAUUCUGUCUCUUCACAGCAAAAUCUGCAGAGCUGGGAAGAUUGUAUCCCCCAUAUAAAUAACAUUCUAUUGGUAGCAAUAAUUUAAUAUAAUAAUUUAAAUUGUAAGAUUCUAAUUUUUGAAUCCGGUGUCGUUUUGCGUGUCAGUUCAUAAACACUAUGCCAUGGGAUCGGUACGUCAAAAAUCUCUUCCCAACUAUUUUGCAAUUUAUAUGGGACGGCUGUCAAUCCUUUGGUCCUUAAGUGAAACUGAUAUACUUUUUUAUUUAUCACAGUUUUCCUUAACCAAUUAUGUUAUUUAAUGCAAGGCCGACAGACAAGGUUCCUUACUUUCUCCCCCUUCCACAUUCCUCUUCCACUUUUGCGGUAAGGCUGCAAUUAUUUGGUUGUAAUUUUGGGUAGAGCAGACAUUUCCAUAUGUUUUUGUUAGCUGCAUGUGUGACAUAAUUCCACCAGUCCUACCGAUGAUGACAUUUACGAAGAUAUACCCUUUUUUAAACAUUUAUUUUUUGACAAAGGUUUUUUGUCAAUUAGUAAAUUAGACAUUUCCCAACAUUUUCCUUAAUGAUACAUAAAAUAUUACCAUAUAAUUCCCCCCUUUGGGACAUUCCAACAAUGUCCCAAAUAAUACAAAGAUUAAUUUUUUUAUGAAUGUAAGCAUGCGCAUUUACUUAUCUUAUCCUUGCCAUAUGUGGUUACUUUUCAUAUGCAUAUAUUUAAACCAAUAUAUAUUCCUCAUUGUUUGACCCAUCCUGAUGAGGACCCAGAGCCCAGUCAGGUAUUGGAUACAAGUUUGGAAGGUUUUCCUCUAAAUUAACCUCCAAGUUUUUCUAUUAGGCUUUGUAACCAUGGCAGGCCCAUCCACCCCCAGGAACAACUUCAUACAAACAUUCAGGAUUCCCAAAUUCCCAAAAUGUCCCAUAUUUAUUUACCUACUGUCAUGACGCUCCCUGAACUGGGGUGUAUUUCUUUAUAAACAAUGCUCCCCACUUUUGUUUAGUUAUAGCAUUUCCCAUAUAUGUGUUAGUAUCCUAUCACAUCAACAUAGCAACUUUGUCUUAACAAUAAUAUCUAGGACAGGGGUGUCAAACGUGCGGGCCGGAUCAGGCCCGCAAACAGGUUUAUCCGGCCCGCGAGAUGAUUAAAAUAAAAUAAAAAAAUAAAAAACAUUGCACUGCAUUUUUCAAUUAAUAAUCUGUUCCAAAUUUCGCCACUGGAUGGGGCAAAACAAUUGGUUAGCAGCAACUGUUUAUACCGGGCAGACAAGUGUUCAACACUGCACCAAUAGCUACUUGUUUGCCGCAUAUUUAUUACGGCUUCUACAAUUGUUUUUUAAACCAAAAUAUGCACUAUAUGGGUAAAAGGUUUGCCAUCUUGGGACCACCCACAUUCAUUACAUUGUUAGCUUCUGUGAACGAAUGGUGCCGUCGUUUAUGGGAGACAAGCUGGUACAGUGUUUUACUACAACUUAUGUACUGUACGUUGUUGGCAGUAAUGGGUUAAUGAAUAAAGUUGAAAAGGACCACUAGGGCAUAGGGAUCAUGAGAAGUAAUUACCUAUGUAUCCUUUUUUUCCAUCCCUAAACAUUCUCCAUCCACCUUUAAAAAAUCUUAUAUCACAAAUGUGUGGGCCAUUGCACAUGAAUCUACUGAUCAAGUCUUGUUACUGAAUGUGGCCCUCUGUUUUAGAAUACAUAGUAUGCUGCUGUGUCUGUGUUGUGUAGGCUAUGUAGAGAGGGCAUCGGAGGAGCCCGGCUGGGGCAGGCUGGAGCUGGCAGCGGUCAUCCUGGUUCCCUCUGCCCUGCUGUGUGUGAGCAUCCUGCUGGGGGUGUGUGUGAUGCAGGGCCAGCUCUGUGCCUACAACAGGGCCCACAAGAAUGACGUGGACGAGCCCCUGGAUGACCAGAGUCUCAUGUCCCCCGACAAGUGUAUUAAAGACCUCAUCUACGACAUGAGCACGUCAGGCUCAGGCUCUGGUAAGAGAGAGUAUAUAAAUGCAUUUACAGUCAUAGAAAUAGAAUCACUAGAACGGACAUCCCUUUUCAAGUCAAUGGGUCUGUAAUGGUGAUUCCAUUUAGGCGCACACCAGAGGAGAGCAGGUAAUGGUGCUAUGAUAGAUAGACCUCAUAGUGAGUGUAGUGUUUUGAAUCAAUUUGCUGUUUUAAUAUUGAACACCAUUUUAUUUGCUUGAUAUGGCCACAUUGGGCAGGAAGUGAGAGGCAGAUCGUUUGUAACACGAAAUCCUGAUUUAGUUUUUGUUUCACAGGGCUUGCCGCUGCUGGUACAGCGGACAAUAGCUCGGACCAUCGUGCUGCAGGAGACCAUUGGGAAGGGCCGCUUCGGGGAGGUGUGGCGAGGGAAGUGGCGAGGGGAGGACGUGGCGGUGAAGAUCUUUUCAUCCCGAGACGAGAGGUCCUGGUUCAGAGAGGCAGAGAUCUACCAGACCAUCAUGCUCCGACACGAGAACAUCCUGGGAUUCAUCGCAGCCGAUAACAAGGGUACUUAUUGACACAAUUUCAGAGUCCCAAAUGGCACCCUGUUCCCUAUUAAGUGCACUACUUUUGACCAGGGUCAUCUCUAUUGUUUUGACCAUGUGAGACCAACGUUCUCAAUAAGACUGUACACAUACACUAACCCCAGGUGUAUGCCCUCUGCUGUUUGUGUUGCAGAUAACGGCUCUUGGACUCAGCUGUGGCUGGUGUCAGAGUACCACGAGCACGGCUCUCUGUUUGACUACCUGAACAGGUACACUUUGUCUGUGGACGGCAUGAUCGUCCUGGCCUUGUCCAUCACCAGCGGCCUGGCACACCUCCACAUGGAGAUCAUUGGCACUCAGGGUGAGGGACUGGCACCGCAAUCCUCUCUGACUAGAUCGGGCACUACAGCUCCCAGGUCCUAGCCACAGCUCCACAGAUAUACCAUGCCCUAGGCUCUUAUUUGUAGUGCAUUAUAGUAGCCUCCAAUCCAGUACCAACUGCAGACCUGUGUAUCUGUCAAUCUAGUGUUGCAAUGAUGCCAUUCCCGCUAUAGAUAAUCUUUUUAACAUCCCACAGGAUUGACAUGUAUUUAUUUACGAAAGGUCAGAAGAUUACUCACUGUGACUAGGUGAGGGCCUCCUACUGUAACAAAGCACUAACAGCAGAAAAUCCUCUUUCAUGGAGCGCUUUCUUAUUCUUUGAAAAGCUACACUCCCAAGCACACUUCUUUGUGUUGCUAGUUACAUGCUGUAGUGACCUUGUCACAUUCAGAACCAAAGCCCUACUUCUAUAAUUACAAUAUAACACAUACUGUAUUUUCUUCUGAAUGGGGUUUCUUUGUAUCAGAUGUUUACACAGUACUACUGUUAAUCGAUUGUUAGCACCGGACGUCUGUUUUGCAAGGGUCAUAAAACAGUGACCACAAACAUCAAUCCAUGUAUCCUGUUAGCAAGUUAUUGAAAUGACUGUAUUGUAAUAUGUACAUCUAUUAUUCUAUUUUGCAAACCCCAUGUGUCACGUUAGCAAGUUGAAAUAACAUGUAAUAUAACUAUAAUUUGGGAUCUGUCUUACAGGGAAACCUGCCAUUGCCCACAGAGACAUCAAGUCUAAAAACAUCCUGGUGAAGAAGAAUGGGACAGCUGUCAUAGCAGACCUGGGAUUGGCUGUGAAACACGACUCCAGCACCAACACCAUCGACAUACCGUCCAAUCACAGAGUAGGAACAAAGAGGUAACUAGGCAGCUUUUACCUGAGAGAAGAGAGACAAGAGCAAUGACGGAGCAUGGGCAUGUGUAUUGGCCACUUUGAUCUACCUCUUAUUUAAAUAUUAAUAUUUUAUAUUUAUAUGUCCUUUUAGAGAGAUGGAGGGAGAAAUAUUGGGACGAUGAUCAGGAAGGUCUCACAUUGACUUUGAGUACGUCCCAAAAGCCACAGCUCUUAUCUAAAGUAGUGUACUAGGGAAUAGGGUGCCAUUUGGUACACACACCAAGUCUUUACCUCAUAUCACUCGCCCUCGUUUUGUUUAGGAAAUUGAUGGCUAACCGACAGGUAUCCCCUUCCACAUGCUCUCUCCAUCAUUCAGAGUUCCUUUUUUUAGGGCCACCAUAUGCUUUGCUUGUAAACUGUAAACAUAGUGAUGGGACCGCAGCUCACAUGGAGCCCUGUCUCUAUAAUAAUAAAAUGACUCUGUGUAUCUCUGUGUGCCUGCUGCCUGUCUGUGUAUCUCUGCCAGGACAUUGAGUCUUCUUCUUCUAAAGGACAGAUGCAUCAUUGUUUACUCUCUCACCCUAAAACCCAGUUAAUUAGGAGUUAACAAGUGUAUCCUCUCUCUUGGCAGGUACAUGGCCCCAGAACUGCUGGAUGACACGAUCAAUAUGAGCAGCUUUGAGUCAUUCAAGCGGGCCGACAUCUACUCCCUGGGCCUGGUGUUCUGGGAACUGGCACGGAGGUGCUCCGUCAGGGGUAAGUUAUUCAACUCUUAGUACAAAAGCAACCUGAAGCAAAUAAAAUUGAAGUCUCCAGACUGUGGAACUAAUGCACUCCUAGAAAUGACACUAUUUAACCAGGGCACCUCUAUAUAGGGAAUAGGGUGCCAUUUGGGACACAUAUCAAGUUAUUUAACUCUUAGUACAAAAGCAACCUGAAACAAAUUUAAAUGGAAGUGUCCAGUCUGCAGCUAAUGCACUGAAAUAAAUUACACUAGAGAAGUGACUGAUGCAGUUAUUGGGUAGGUAACUCAAAUUACUUGAAUCAGUGAUUCAUCAUUUUAUAAAUAUUAAAGGUACAGCACAGUCAACCUAUUUCCCCCCAAAAAUUUGCCUGAAUGACCAAAACAUCACCCAUAAUAUUUGUACACUAUUAAAAUGCUCAGAAUUGAAGAUACUGCACCUUUUCUCUCAUCUCUAACGAUCAGGAAGCCUGAAAGAACAGGCGGAGUGGUCAGGGAGCUUAUAUUCAUGAGCUCGCCUUGACUGACAGCUUUUUGAAACACCCUUGUAGUCGUUGCCAGGUAACAAGGUAAACAAUGGGCCAAAAAAACAAUGACAACUACGUGCCAUUUUCAAGGGAUUGUUAUAUGUUAUAACUAUUUGGUUUUAAUAUCAUCACCUCUUGAAGAGCAUAGUCAGAACUACACGUUUCUGAUUAUCUGAUUUACAUUUAUCUCUAUCAUCAGAGUUAUACAACAUGUAACUGCAUGCUUUUCAUGAUCAGUAAACAUCAAUUGAUCCUCGUCCUGGUACAGUUGUCAGUUGUGUUAGAAAUUGCGUAAUUCAAAUCUGGUAUUGGAAUAAGAAUCAAGAGAUCUUCAAUCCAAGCUUAAUUUAUUAUAUGCAAAAUGUAUGUAUGAUAAGUAUGAAGGUUCGUAUAUACGGGUCCACUGAAAUACCACACAGGGCACUCAGUUAACUAAUCCAUUGUUCUAAGUUCUUCUUAAAAUACUCUGACAGAAAUCCUCCACUUCUUCUGUUGGCCAACCAGAGCAAAGGACUGAGUGUGGUCCAGACUCCAUUUCAGCCAAUCCGUUCCAUUUGUUACAAGGCAUAGUUGCUAUGAUAAUAACCUGCGGAGUCAGCACCGAAAAUACACAAAAUCCACUGUAGCCAGGUUCAAGGACAGUUUCACAGACAUCAAAGAGAGAGUGUUCUUAUCAGCCUGUUAUGUGAAACAAUCCAUAUCAGUACAGAGCUCCUCAUUAAUGCAUUCCUUCCAAGCUAUUCAUCACAUACAAAUCCAAUUAAAAAAUAAAACCCAUCAAUUCCCCCUUUUGACACCCUCUAGGGUGUCACUCAUUAAAAUACAAUACAAACAAAAAUAAACACUUUUAUUAAUAGACAAUUUGAUAAUAAAAGUCCUUCCAUCGACACCCAACUUGCAAACUGUUACCAGUCAUCAAAGAAGUUCAAACCAUCACAUAAGGAAAGACAAACAUUCACAUGGUUAACUUGAUUAAUAAAGCAUAAAACACAGGAUUAAUAGAACACAAAAUACAAGAUUAUUAAAACUCUAGAGUGUGAUUAAAGAUUUUUAAAGGGAAAUUUUAGAAUUCCCUCUUUUGACACCAUUUAUGGUGUCACUCUAAACAGAUUAUAAUCACCCUUAAGAAUAACAGGAUAUGGAAAUUAAAUCACAACAUUUAAUAUGAAUAAAAAAUAAAAAAUAAUAAUUUAAACCCUCUAUUCCUCCCCUACACCUAACAUGUACUGAGUUGGCUACCAGCCACCCAGGAAUCCUUUACCUUCACAUCAGGAAGAAUAAACAAUCACAGUGGUUAGUAAAAACAUAAGGUAAUAAAUGAGCAAGAACUAAAAAUAAAUGCGUGUAUGUAUUUUACUAGGCAAACCAUGGAUCAUCCAGCUUGGUCUCAGAGUCAGUAGCAGAGUCACCCGCAUCAUCCUGGGCCGGUAACAACAGCAUCAUACCUGACGCCUGCACCACUCCUACCACUGACCUCCUGAGACAGGGGACGAUGCAAGCAGCACAACACAUUAACAGCAAAAACACAAUUACUAGG